AUGGAGGUUGAACCUUCAAAUGUUGUGCAAAUAGUGACCGACAAUGCAGCGGUUUGUAAGUCGCCUGGUUUAAUAAUUGAGGCUGCAUUUUCUAAUAUCUUCUGGACCCCGUGUGUUGUUCACACAUUAAAUCUUGCUUUGAAGGACAUAUGCGCAGCUAGGAAUACAGAAAGAAACAAUGAAGUUUUCGAAGAAUGUCGUUGGAUUACCCAAGUUGCAGAUGAUGCAAAUUUUAUAAAGAACUUUGUCAUGCUACACUCUAUGAAUUCAUUCAAUUCAUUAAAGUUUCUUUUUGUUUCUCCAACAAGAUUUGCCACUACUGUUGUAAUGCUUAAAAGGUUUGCCUUAUUGAAAAAGGGACUUCAAAAUAUGGUGAUUAGUGAACAAUGGACUUCUUAUAAGGCAGAUGAUGUUCAAAAGGCUAAAUUUGUGAAGGACACCUUGUUGGAUGAUACUUGGUGGGAUAAGGUUAAUUAUAUUAUUGCUUUCACUAGUCCUAUCUAUGAUGUUCUUAGAAGAACUGAUACAGAAGCUUCAUGUUUACAUCUAGCUGAAGAUCCUAAUCGAGUUUGUCCACAUCAAGAUAAAGAGAUUACUGAUGAAAGAGUAAAAUGCUUCAAAAGGCUAUUUCCUGAUGCUGAUGAAAGGAGAAAAGUGAAUGUAGAGUUUGCCAACUUCUCAGAUGUAAGAGAAGGUUUUGACGUUGAUUCUUUGAAUGAUAAGGGUAAAAUGAAUCCAAAAUCUUGGUGGCUAGUUCAUGGUGUGCAUGCUCCAUUGCUUCAAAAGGUUGCCCUUAAGCUACUUGGGCAACCUUGUUCAUCUUCAUGUAGUGAGAGAAAUUGGAGUACAUAUUCAUUUAUAGAUUCUCUAAGGAGAAACAAGCUGUUACCAAAAAGGGCAGAAGAGUUGGUAUUUGUUCAUAGCAACCUUCGACUUCUUUUAAGGAAUAGUCCACAAUACAAUCAAGAGGAAACUAAAAUGUGGGAUAUUGCUGGAAGUGAAUUUGGAUCACUUGAUGAUUGUGGAAUUCUUGAAAUUGCUGAUUUAUCUUUAGAUGAACCUGAGCUAGAGGAUCCCUUUACCAACGAUGAUGUUUAA